UGAUUUAUUCAUCUUCUCUAAAUGAACACAAUUAGUUCUAUAGUUACUCCCUAUUAAUUAGUCUCUUCCACCCCCCCCCCUUCUCCGGGGGCCCCGAAAAGCAUAACAUUUCCACCUCUUAAAUGAACCAUAAAUAAUUAAAAAAUAAUUAAUAAUAAGUAAUUUGGUAAAUAUUUCAGGCUAUAUAGAGGAAGUGACGACUUGAGAGUUUCGGAAACCAAAGUGAGAAGGAACAUAGGCAUUUUCAUCACACCGUACAACCAUAUAGUAGUGUUGGUUCGUUCUUUCACAAAUGGGUCGCCAUUCUUGCUGUGUAAAGCAGAAACUGAGGAAAGGUUUGUGGUCCCCUGAAGAAGAUGAGAAGCUCUUCAAUCACAUAACAAGGUUCGGUGUCGGAUGCUGGAGCUCCGUUCCAAAACUAGCUGGGCUGCAAAGAUGUGGAAAGAGUUGCAGAUUAAGAUGGAUAAACUAUCUCAGGCCGGAUUUAAAGAGAGGGAUGUUCUCUCAGCAGGAGGAGGAUCUUAUAAUCAGUCUCCAUGAAAUCCUUGGAAACAGGUGGGCUCAGAUAGCAGCGCAGUUACCAGGAAGAACAGACAAUGAGAUAAAGAACUUCUGGAAUUCAUGUCUGAAGAAGAAGCUAGUGAAGCAAGGAAUUGACCCAGCCACACACAAGCCUCUAUCAACUGAUGAUCAAAAAGAAGAAGAGAGCUGCAGCAAGAGAAUCAUCACGACGACAGAGAAUUCCAAGAUACAAAUUCCAUUCUCAACGGCCUUGGCCUCAUCGCUGAACGAUUCCGGUUACUACGCCGGCGAUGAUAACAGCAAUGCCAUAACGGAAGCUUCUAGAGACAUUUUCAUGACGAGUAACAAUAAUAAGCCAACAUUUUUGGACCCUCUAUCUUCAUUCUAUGCUGAUUUUCCUCAUCAGCCCAAUAAUUACCAUCACCUAGCGCCGGUAACUGCCGUAACUAACUACUGUGGAGGAGGAUUCUCUUCAAUGCCGAGUCUAACCAAUUCGGAUCAAGGGGGACACGUGUCAGUCACAGAUCAAUUCAUGAACAGCAACAAGGAGAGUUCAAGCAAUAACAGCUCAUCAAACAUGUACACAUCAGUAACAGGGUUCUCAUCAUCAUCACCAUGGGACGCUAGCGCUGAAAAUAUUACUAACAAGCUUGUGGAACCGUUUUUUCAGUUUAGUGCUAUAAAAUGUGAGGAUUUAUACAAGACCAGUUGUUCUUCAUGGGAAGAAGAUCAAGAACACACUCACACUAAUACUGCUUCUUCUUCCAUACAUUUCAGUACCUAUCCCUUAACCUCACUUUCAGAAGAUCUAACCGCCGCUAAUUUUGAUGUCUUCCACCAUAUAUGAUCUUCAACUGUAAAUUCAAUUCCCUUUUUUUUUCUUUUUCCUAUUUUAUUUGAUUUUUUUUCAACUUGGAUUUCAAUAUUUCUUUCGUUUGGAGCGAACAAGCAAGGUAGCAAAACUAGAAAGAUGUUGAUAGUACAGGAAAAUUUGUAGUUGAUGUGAUUAUUAUUUUCUUCUUCUUGAUGUAUCUGUGUUCAUAAAGAGUUUGAAGAAUAACGACACUAUAUUCUUGA